AGAAACACGGAGUGGUUCACCGCUUCUCCGCUCACUCUACGCCGCAUGCUGAUCCAGCACACAACGCGCUGCUCUGGAGGACUGUCUGACCACUGAAACACGCGCUGCAUCUCUUCUUCUCCGGCAUGAUGAGAUAUUUGUGACGAUCCGAAGCGACACAUGAUGAAACAUGAAGAGAACUCAUAGAGACCACCUAAAAAGCUCUUUUGUAAACAACGGCUUGGUCUUUUCAACAUCGGACCGUUACACAAAGUUAAAAGAAACGAAUGACAAAUGAACAGCCUCCAAACUCCCCUUUAUGGACCGCUGCCACAGACGUCUAAUGGCUAAACCUUCCAUGAAUGGUUUUCUCUUUUGAGUCACUGGGAGCUCUGUAGAAUGGAGGAUCCAUUCCAGACAUUUUCUCAAGGGUCUGUCACACUACCUCUGAGAAGAAUGAGCAAUUUUCACCAGAUGGAGAUACGCGCAUGUUGCUACUGAACUGGCCCAAUGGUUCAUUUGUCUGGACGGAGAGCUAGAAGAGGAGGAAGUGGCCGUAACUUGACCCAUGACAAAGUAUGUGGAUGAAGAGCCAGGCUGGAGUUUAAAGAGCCGGGGAAAUGGGAAUCGACAGUAAAGUUUCGAACAAAACUUGCUUUGUGGUCUGCACCUGGGAAAUAUGAGACUUUAGUGGAUAGACACAACACAAACAGUUCAUCUUCUUUUUAAUCAAAGACGUACACUGGUGACUUCUGCCGUGGGUGGCCUGAUAUUUAACCUUGUUUUAAUGGUACAAAGAGAUGCGUCUACUUUACUGAAUAGCAUCUUCCUACCUGUCUUGUUGUUGAGGUUGCCAGUUGUGAUGCUGCGCAGGGGUUUCUUGGCCUGGCUCUCGCGUCUGGGUGUUUUGUUAGUGGUGGUUUGCUGUUGUCUUUCCCUCCUUUAUGUCAUCACUUGCAGCCCCCAUGCUGAUGAUCCCAUGGCCGGGCAACCCCUGCCCAGGGCUGGAGGUAUGGCUUUGGCAGGAGGUCCAAGCAGGCCAGGUGGGGUAGGAGGUGCCCCUGUUGGCCCUGCAGGACGGGAAGGGUUCCAGGCUCUGCUACAAGAGCGUGAAGAGCAGCACAGGCAGCAUAUUGCCAGCUUGAAGAAACAAAUAGCUCAGCUCAAAGAAGCUCUCCAGGAAAGGAGCGAACAGCUUAAGGGCAUGCAGGACUCUUUGGAGAAGUCAACUGGGAAGGGCAUGGGGGGCGACGUGGCUGAAGACCACAGUCAUAGUGACCUCCAGGAGUUUUUACGCAGCCAGCUGAGCCGGGCAGAGGUCCACACUGGUGUGCGACUUCCCAGUGAGUACGCUGUGGUGCCCUUUGAGAGCUUCACCUUACAGCGCGUCUACCAGCUGGAAAUGGGGCUGACUCGUCACCCUGAGGAGAAGCCGGUGAGAAAGGACCGCAGGGACGAGCUGGGAGAAGUGGUGGAGAGCGCACUGCAUGCCCUCAAUGCUCCAAACCAUGGUAGAGAAAAAACAAAAGCCAGUAAAGUCUACACGCCGUCAGACUUUAUAGAAGGGCUUGCGCGCACUGAGAAGGACAAGGGCUCGCUCUAUGAGUUGACCUUUCGUGGUGAACACAAACAUGAGCUCCGCAGGCUGGUUCUGUUCAGACCCUUCGGCCCCCUCAUGAAGGUGAAGAGCGAGCUGGUGGAGACGAGCCACAUGCCCAUUAACAUUGUUCUGCCGCUGUCCCAGAGAGCUGACAAAUUCAGACAGUUCAUGCACAACUUCAGAGAGGUGUGUGUGAAGCAGGAUGGACGAGUGCACCUUACCGUGGUUUACUUCGGAAAGGACCAGAUGAAUGAGGUCAAAGGAACCUUAGAAAACACAUCGAGAGAGCUAAACUUCCGAAACUUCACCCUGAUCCAGCUGAAUGAGGAGUUUUCUCGGGGUCGAGGCCUGGAUGUUGGAGCACGAGCCUGGAAGGGUGGAAAUGUUCUGCUCUUCUUCUGUGACGUGGACAUCAUCUUCACCGCUGACUUUCUGAACACGUGCCGUCUAAAUGCUCAGCCUGGAAAGAAAGUGUUUUAUCCAGUCCUCUUCAGUCAGUAUAACCCGGCUGUGAUUUACGGCAGUCACGAUCACGUCCCGCCUGUGGACCAGCAGCUGAUCAUUAAGAAAGACACUGGCUUUUGGAGGGACUUUGGCUUUGGAAUGACAUGCCAAUACAGAUCUGAUUUCAUCAAUAUAGGUGGCUUCGAUGUUGACAUUAAAGGCUGGGGUGGUGAGGAUGUGCACCUCUACAGGAAAUAUCUUCACAGUAAUCUGCUGGUGGUUCGGGCCCCGUCCCGCGGCCUCUUCCACCUGUGGCAUGAGAAGCGCUGCGCUGAUGAACUGCCUCCAGAUCAGUACAAGAUGUGCAUGCAGUCCAAAGCCAUGAACGAGGCUUCGCACGGCCAGCUGGGGAUGUUGCUCUUCCGCCACGAAAUUGAGGCGCACCUCCGGAAACAGAAACAGCGGAGCGGAGUCAAAAAACCUUGAUGAACGCUACCACCUUCUGUAAAUGCAGCACCCUCAAGCAUUCUGUCCUCAUUCACUCGCACUUUUGUGUUAGAUGUUCUGUAGAAGGGACUGUUCUGGCUGUUUUUUUUUCAUUAUUACUAGAUUGAGUAGCGAGUGAAGCAUCAGAAAGAACACAAAAUGGCAUAAAAUCUUCAUAAAAGUGUUUCAUAUAAAUUUAAAAUUAUUAAUCAGAAAAACUGCUUUUUAUUUUACAAAUAUUGAUUUGUUACAUCACUUAUAAUUCAGAUCAUUUAAAAUAAUAAUAAUUUCAACUAUUAUUGAAAUCUCUAAGUUUGAGUUCAUAUCCCAAAAUUUAAAAAGAAUUGAGAAGAAUUUGUACACAAUUUGUGCUGGUUUUAUGAUGUUUUUAUUGUACUUUUUCUGAAUUUUGGAAUUCAAAAUCGUACUGAAAUCCCAUGGGAAAGAGCAACCCAUGCAUUCCUCAAAAUUUCUCCUUUUGUGUUCUACAGAAAAAGGAAAGUAUUUUGGUCUGAAACAACAGAGAGCGAACAGAUGUCGAAAAAAAAAAAAGAUUUUCCUUUGGCAUAAAAAGGAAGAAAAGGAAUUUUACAGUUUUGCCUUCAAUGAAGAGCUGGUUUUAGUAAAUCUGACGCACACACACAUGCUAAGCCAAACCCUGAGAUAACCAACAGACGCCACAGGAGAAAAGCAGGAGACAGACGUUCCCUAAAGACAAGAUAGUGAAGCGUGGGUGAACACAGAGGACAUUCAAGUCUCUUUAGAGUGUUACAAAAAGAUUCACGGUAGUAUUAUCCAGAUGCAUGUAUCACAUCGUGAGACAGUAAUGCACUUCAAAUGAGCAGCGGGUUACAUUGAUGGAAAUCAUGUGUAGCUACUAUAGGCAAGCCUACUACACAUACAUUUUGAGUAGACUUGUUUUUUUUUUUUUAAAGAAUGAAGGAAAGUCCCUAAUAAUGUAGGUACAUUUGUUACUUGUGAAUCAUUGAUUAAGGGCCUUAAUGCAUGUGUUUAAACAGUUUAUAUGACGAGUGGUUCAACGAACUGCGAUUUAUUUUUAUGCUACCGUUGGUUUCAUAAUGGUGUGUCGCCAUCUUGUGGUGUCGAUUGAUAAAACUGAGCUGACGGUUUUAAACUUCGUUUUAUACUCGAAGGUAAAUUUUUGGUUCGUUUUAUGAUUGAAACUCAAAUCCUAAAUGUGAGGUGUGAUAACAACAGCCCUUUAUUUAAAUUAUAUUUUGUACAAAUGGCUACUUUU